AUGGUAGCGGACAUAGAGAAGAUGUACCGGCAGGUGGAAAUUGUAGAAGAGCAGUGUGAUUUACAGCGAAUUAUGUGGCGUUCUGAUCCAAACCUGCCUCUAGAAGUCUACACAUUAAACACCGUAACAUACGGCACAGCUCCAGCUUCAUUCAUUGCUAUACGAUGCUUGCACCAACUCGCUUUAGAAAACAGUAAAAAGUACCCAGUAGCAUCACAAGUAAUAACUCGCGAUUUUUAUGUUGAUGACCUCAUCACUGGUACAGACACCAUUGAAAAUGCACAAAUUUUGAGGCAAAACAUCACCAACAUUUUAGAAAGUGGAUCCUUUCCUCUUCGGAAGUGGAAUACUAACAAACCGAACAUUUUCAACGAUAUUAACAACAUUUCAGAUCUACCAGAUCAUUAUCUAUCAACCGAUGACCAAUCAAAAGCUUUAGGGCUUGUCUGGAACUCUCAAUCAGACACGCUACAUAUCAGCACAGAUUCAAUACAAAUUGAAAAUAACAAUUUCACAAAACGCGGAAUACUCUCCGUAAUUGCUCAGUUAUUCGAUUCAUUGGGCUUGGUCGGUCCAGUAAUUGUUAAAGCCAAAGUUAUCAUGCAAAAACUUUGGCAGCACAAAGAAUUACCUAUUUUGGCUACAAUUAAAAUUCCUAGACAAAUAACAGUUCCCAAAGCCAAUGUUAUUGAAAUUCACACUUUCAGCGAUGCAUCUACUAUCGCGUAUGGUUGUCACGUGCCACGCUUGGAGCUAAACGCAGCUUUAUUAGCAACGAAUCUGACAGCUAAGCUCAUGGAGGCUUUUACUUGUCGUAUAUCUAACAUUUUUUAUUAUACUGAUUCGACCAUCGUUUUAUCGUGGUUAAAUACGGAACCCGCACUUUUAAAAACAUUUGUAGCAAACCGCGUAGCGGACAUGCAAAGAAAAUUCAAAAUCGAAAAUUGGCAACAUGUAAAAUCCGAACAAAACGCGGCUGACAUCAUCUCGAUGGGAUCACUACCCAGUCAGCUGCUGGAAUGCGACAUGUGGUGGAACGGGCCAUUCUUUCUAAGCAAUCAUAAUCAACCGGUCACGAAUAAUAAUUUUUUACCACUCAAUGAAUUACCAGAGGUAAAAAAUUCCGCGUUAACACACAAUGUAAUUAUAGCUGAUAGUACGAUAUUCGAGAGAUAUUCUAAUUUCGACAAAUUAAACAGAGUCAUAGCGUGGAUUUUACGAUUUAAAGGUAACACAUUACGUGCAAAACAUGAUAGAAUAUACGGUACAAAACUCACAGUGCACGAAUUAAAACUGACAAAACAAAGUAUUAUAAGGGCAACGCAAUCAGUGUAUUUUACGGAAGAAAUAAAAUGUUUAAUUAAAAAUAAACUGCUAAACGCUCAUUCAAAAUUAUUAACUUUAAACCCAUUUAUGGCGGUUAGGGGGGAGAAUUGUCAAUUCAAACUUUUCAUUUGA